CAUAGUAUUCUCACAUUAAUUUCUGACGUUUCUAUUCAUAUUUAUUAGUUAAAUUACGUUUAAUAAAAAUAUAUUAAUAACAUUAACGCUUAAGCUCAGAAGUCAAAUUAUUCAAAUAUGCCGUCAUUUUAACGUUGGUACCACUCAUUCCUUGUCAUUAAUUAUUGGAAACUUUUCUUUUGCUUCAUUGGCAACCCUUUGUUUGCAAACAUCGAUCAAACUUUGAAGUUGCGGUUUUUCAUUUAAAGGAGUAGUAUUAUUAACCAAAAUGGCUGCCGCUGCUGCUGCCAAAAUUGCCGAGGUGCGCGAGACAACUCGCGUGGAACGUAUUGGGGCUCAUUCUCAUAUCCGAGGACUAGGGCUCAAUGACACCCUUGAUCCUCGACAAGUUUCACAGGGUAUGGUGGGUCAGUUGACUGCCAGAAGAGCAGCAGGAAUUGUACUACAAAUGGUUCGGGAGGGGAGAAUUGCUGGUAGGGCUGUCUUAUUGGCUGGACAACCAGGUACUGGUAAAACUGCUAUAGCAACCGCCUUAGCCUCAGCCCUAGGUUAUGAUACCCCAUUUACUAGCAUGGCGGGUUCAGAAAUUUAUUCACUGGAAAUGAGUAAAACCGAGGCUCUUACCCAAGCUAUCAGGAAGAGUAUUGGAGUAAGAAUAAAAGAAGAAAGUGAAAUUAUUGAAGGAGAAGUAGUGGAAGUUCAAAUUGAACGUCCCGCCACAGGAGUUGGUACAAAAGUCGGAAAAUUAAUUUUGAAAACUACUGAUAUGGAGACUGUAUAUGAUCUUGGGGGGAAAAUGAUUGAUAGUAUUUUGAAGGAGAAAGUGCAGUCUGGAGAUGUAAUCACGAUUGACAAAGCUACCGGGAAAAUUUCUCGACUGGGUCGCUCGUUCGCACGAGCAAGAGACUACGACGCGACCGGACAACAGACCCGAUUCGUCCAGUGUCCCGAGGGCGAACUCCAAAAACGAAAGGAAGUCGUCCACACCGUGACUCUACAUGAAAUCGACGUGAUCAACAGUAGAACUCACGGAUUUCUCGCUCUUUUUUCCGGUGACACUGGAGAAAUCAAACCGGAAGUGAGAGAACAAAUAAACGGAAAAGUGGCCGAGUGGAGGGAGGAGGGCAAAGCCGAAAUCAUCCCGGGGGUUCUCUUCAUCGACGAAGUCCACAUGUUGGAUAUCGAGUGUUUUUCGUUCUUAAAUCGCGCUUUGGAAAACGAGAUGGCGCCAAUCGUUAUCAUGGCCACCAAUCGGGGAAUCACCAAAAUCAGGGGUACCAACUACAAAUCUCCGCACGGAAUUCCUUUGGACUUAUUGGAUCGGACUAUUAUCGUACCCACCAGCCCUUACGAUGAAAAAGAACUUAGGGAGAUUUUGAGUAUCCGUUGCGAAGAAGAAGACUGUCAAAUGUCAGAUAACGCGUUGACAGUGCUGACAAGAAUCUCCAAGGAAACGUCUUUGAGGUACGGUAUGCAGCUGAUAAUGACUUCAAGUUUGAUCGCACGAAAACGUAAAGCCCACGAAGUUGAUGUGGAAGACAUCAAGAGGGCGUAUCAAUUGUUCUUUGAUGAAGGGAGAUCUGUGCAGUUCCUCAAGGAGUAUCAGCAGGAGUUCAUGUUUAAUGAGAUUGAGGAAGAAGAAAAGAUGGAAGUGAUUUAAAUAAAUGAGAAAGGAUUCAAGUGUUUUGGUUUGUGUUUGUUGUUUUCACAUUUUCUUUUGUAAUAAAAUGUUUGCGUUGUAAGAAAUAUACACUAUAAAAUAAAUACAA